GCGCUUUUGUGUGUGCAUGUGUUUGUGUGCAUGCCCGUGUGCGCGCAUACUGUAUGUGUGUGCAUGCUAUACUAAGUGCCAGGAUUUGGAUUUGGAAAACCCCAAAGUAUUGCCAUGUUUAAUGUAAAUUAAAUUUAUCUUACCUUAGAUGACUAACACUACAAUACCAGCUUGCAAAGGCAUAUUAAGGGGAAGGAAACUUUUAAUGAUUCAGAGGCCCCAGACAUGGAGAGGGGCCCUAUAACAUGCCGGCAGCCUGCUCUGGGGGUUUGGGUCGAGACCCUUCUCUCCCACACGCAUGUUUAUGUUUCUGCGCAUCUGUACAAAAAAAAGCACCCAUGACAUGGUGUCCCUAAGUCCAUAAUCAGCUUUAAACAGACCAGAAAUAUACUUCAUACGGGAAAACCAGACAAAACAAGCCCAGCCUGUCUUAUUGACAGUGCUGUGGAACUCCCCUGCUUAGCAGGAAGUGAACCAUAAAAGGGCACACCCCCCCCCCCCGCUUGCAUCAGUGCCGUGUACUUCAAAGCCCAUGCACUGAAUGCUGAUCCUCAGAAAGGUUGUCAUUCUCACCGAGGACAGACUACCGCUCUUUAUACGAGAGGCAUCUCCUUGCCCGCUCCAGAGUACCCGCUGAGAGAAACAAGAGAAAGAGCUUUCACACAGCGUCACAGAGUAUCAAGGGUGUGAGCCGUGCUCACCAUGGUGGACCAACUGGCUUAUUCGGAAGAGAACGCCGAGCGCAUUGCCGCGGUGGACAACCUCUUCAGCACCACGGGGCAGGUCCUGGCAAGGCCGGGGCGGGUGCUGGUGGGUGAGGGCCGGCUGCUGAAGCUGUGCAGGCGGCGGCCGCAGGCCAAGAUGUUCUUCCUGUUCAACGACAUCUUGGUGUAUGGCAGCAUCGUGGUGGAGGGUCGCUGGUGUGAGCGGCAGAAGGUGGUGCCCCUGGAGAAUGUGGUGCUGGAAGACAUGGAGGACGGGCCGGAGCUGAAGAACCGCUGGCUGAUACGCACGCCGCGCAAGUCCUUCUGCGUGUCGGCGGCGUCGGCCGAGGAGAAGGUCGCCUGGAUUGAGCACAUCGAGGAUUGCCGACAGCGGAGGAUGGAACGCACCGGCGAGGUCCCAACGGCUCCGCUCGCUGCCGCCUGGAUCCCAGACAAGGCGUCGGCCAUCUGCAUGCGCUGCUGCAGCAAGUUCAGCAUGAGGCACCGGCGCCACCACUGCCGUCAGUGCGGCUUCGUGGUCUGCGCCACCUGCUCGCGCAGCCGCUACGUGCUGCGACACAUCUCCCAGAAGCCCGUGCGCGUCUGCCAACUGUGCCACCAGAUGUUGCAGGACAACGCACAGAACCGCGGCCGCGGCGGCAGCGACGGCAAGGAGUGGUCGGACGACGAUGAGCUAGAUCGGCCGCUGCACGAGGGCCCUGAUGGUACCGCGUGCUGGAAUGCACACGGACCUCCAUCCAGUAUAUUCCUCGGGGUUCCUCUGUCACCACCAAAGACCAAAAGCCGCUGAAAGAUGGUACUAAAUGGACAACUAGCACAAACGCGGACAUAAUGUAUUACCUCAAGAUAAUGAAGGAUAUUCACCAUUAAUGGGAAUAAGAUAAGACGUACUUCAUCAGCCAUUUAUCUAAGCUACAUAGGGAUACUUCACUUUUCAGCCAUCUCAUCUUGAUCUCCAUCAGAGAGCUCAAGGUUGACCACCAUCCAGCGCCACCAGAGGAUUUGGGUUUGAGGGCUUUUGUCAAGGACCUGACAAUGACAUGAUGACUCUGCUGGCCAGAGGAUUCAAACCUACAACCUUCCAGACCGAAUCCUUCCCGUCAUGAAAAUAUGAAUAAAAAUGUUAAUACACUACCAACCAAAACUGCCUUGAUCACUUCAUAUAAUAUUUUAAUUGCUGCUCCUGUGAAAAUUAACUUUAAAUUUGUAAUAUAGUUUUUUAUGUUGUUUUUUUUAAAAAAAAAAAAAAACGAGGACAUUUUUGAUUGUGAUUAAUAAUUUUUGUAGUCUCUUGUGAUCUGUAUUGUUUAAUUUUUGGUGUUGAAUAACUGCUGAGAGUAAAACGUAUGCUGCCAGUAUACAGCCACAAAGCACAACACUACAAUAAUGUUACUCGUGGUGUCCUUUUCUUUAGGGACAGACAUUACCGAAUCGAGUAAACUGUCAGUGAAGGAGUUAAUGCAGAAUGCAGAAUUCCACAUAGUUACCAUUCCCUUACCAUGUUUUCACUCAGCCUGUGUCUUGGUGUUCUGCGUGUCAUUCUGAUCUAUUUUUAAAAUGUUUACAUUAUUUUAUUUGUCUCAGAUUUUGUUAAAGAAGGAAUUUGCACUUUAUGUCAUUAAAGAUUGCAGAUGAAAAUGUG